AUGACAUGCAGGGUCCUCCACUACGCGGCUCUAGCUGCUUUCUUUGAAGGAGACGACCUGAAAGGGCUGGCGAAUGGUUUAGUGUUCCUCCACAGGCCACCGACCGCGAGGAAGACUUUGCAGGCCCUACGAAUGGCGCUGUUCGUCGAGAAGGUCAACAAAAUCCACUAUUACCUCAAUCCUGGGUUGGACAACUUGUUGGGCGAAGUUCGUGAGCUUCGUAGGUUGGUGGCACGACUGCUCUCUGUUGACCAAGUGCAGCUACACUUCUUAACAUUCGACUCCUGCUUAGCCAACCGCCCUACCAAGUACCAACCAACCAACGGGGAGAGGCCCAAGUUAGAUGUGGACAUCUGGAGAAGAGAGUUUGGCAGCAUGCUGGAUCAGUUCUUGGUGAAGGGGUGCAAGAAGUUGCGCAUCACUGGUGGUUCCCGAAUCAGGACGAUAUACACAUACCCACGAGAAACUAUGGAGCCAGUCAUGCCGCUCUCUAGUAGGGACGUCGAGCAAAUGAAUUCCAGGCUUGCUAGUUCUCUCCAACCAUGGAAAAGGAAGAGAGGAAAGCUGACUUCCCGAACUUUAUUUGGGUGGUUGAGUCGCAAGUUGACUUCCCUAUUCUGCAAUGCACCUGUAUCGUGCGGCCCAGGGAUCAAGCCUUUUCUCCACGAGUUCUAUGUCCAUUGCGAAAUGAUGCUCCAACCGCCGUUCCUAGAAUGGACUCUGUCCACGCUCCAACUCAACGGAGAAUGCAUCACAACUCUCUCCUUCAAAUGCAUCGACAUUGCAUUGGAGGUUUGGUCCGAUUUCUUCGCAGCCGUCACCUUCCCCUCCUUGUCCAAAUUCGAAAUCAGAUCCGACCUCUUUAAGCGACCACAAGGGCCCGAGUUUCCUUGUAUCGAAUCCUUCCUUAUCCGCCAUCCCUCAAUCACCCUUCUCCACCUUGACAACCUCCUCAUCCCGUCCACUUUCCCGCUUGCACAAGAAAGCAUCCUUCCGAACCUGUACAACCUCGUCGCACAUCCGGCAUACGUCAGCUGGCUUCUCAGCUCACCCAAUCCAUUGCGUGGCUUAGGUUUUAUAACACUUUCUUCAGAAUAUUAUCCUGCACAGGGCUUCGAAUAUGCCCAUUUCAACGACGCACUCGCCUCAAUGGCUCGGAACGUCGGCCAAGUUAGGCUUAAUUUCUGGUUCAGGUCUAAGAACGGGGUGGAUGCUUGGUUCCAGGACCACGUGGAGAUUGGGUGCGAAUUAAGCGCCGUCUCUCAGUUGACUGAGAUCAACAACCUGGCGAUCUAUUCGUCUUGGUGCGUUGAUUUUUCAGAGCCAACCAAAGGGAACCGAGCAGGUUAUGUUGGCUGGUGGUUUUGUCAAGGCGAUCACGUUGAGGUGCCCCCAUAUCAAAAGUGUUGUGAUAAAUUGUCGGUGGCCUUUUCAAAGGUUGUCGUAUGGACAAACAUUGGACAGACAUUGGAAACGUGUAGGAUGCUCACUAGAAAGUUGGAAGCAAUCGUGCGGCGUGGAGGCUUGAUCACUUGUACAGGUCAAUCAGUUCUGCAUCUCAAUAUUGAGCCCGCAGAUUCUCUGAAAUUCCUUUCGUCCCUCCGAUCUUACUCAAGCCUUACUGUCUGUGGGGUAGUACUAACCCUCAGGCAGCAGGCUGGCCCUUCGUUUUGA